UUCACUUUCGGGUCCUAGACAGGGCAGGGGCCAGCAGUGCCAGGGGCCAGGGGCGCCCGUGUGAGUCUCAGCAAGGCAUCCUACUUCCCACUUCUCUUCCCCGGCUCCCACAAACUCGAAGCAUGGCAUCAGCCUUCAACGGGGUGGUGAGGAGUGUGAUACGGGAGCUUGACCCUCGCCGGGAGCUGAGCACCGUGGACAGCCUGGAGAGUGCGUCCAACUUCCAGCCUUACCACCUCCUGAUGAAGAAGCUCUCCAGGCAGUGGUUCGGACGGUCCCGCUACAGCUGCAUCAACCUGUCCAUCCAGGACAUAUUGGAGGGCAGCGGCCCGGAGCCCCUAAGCCCUCCUGCCCCGCGCCUCGUCAGCACGUUCCACUUCCUCGACCUGGUGGAUGGGCAGCUGCAGGGCAGUGUGGAGCUGGCAGCAGCCAGUCAGGGGAUGCUCAAGGCCGGGGCCUCCAUGUCCAACAGCUCCAGUGCCUCCAUGCAUGUGGCCAAGCUGCAGGUGGACCCCCACACCUGGACAACUCUGCAGCAGAAAACGCGCCUGCAGAAUCCAGAACCCAAAAUCCUGCAGCAGCUACGCCAGUAUGGGGUCAACGUGUACGUGGUGACAGAGGUGCUGCGGACGGAGGAGAAGGUGGAGGCCACGCGCACGCGCAAGCACGAGGGCUUGGGCCAGUUUGCACUGCCUGGACCCCUGAGCCUGCAGGGCAAGGGCCAGGGCCACCUCAGCAGCAAGACAACGGUCACCAUCCCCGCGGGCAGCAUCCUGGCCUUCCGGGUGGCCCUGCUGGUCAUCGACUCUGACUCGCGUGGCUGGGAUGUCAUCCUGUUCCCAGAGAAGCAGAAGACCUUCAGGCCAAACCAGGCAGCCAUGCCCUCGGCCGAGAUCUCGCGGUGCCUGGAUUCUAAAGGCUCCAAGCUGUCUGACAGAGUUGGCAGGACCAAGAAUGAGACUGUGGAAGGGUUCCGGCUACUGGAGGCGGAGGUGGAGGACCAGGCCGAGGGCCUGUGCGUCCUGUCCAGGGAGCUGUGCCGCCAGCUGCUGCAGGGCCUGGACACUGUGCUGCGGGACGAGACGGCCUUGCAGGCCUUCGAGGAGGCGCUGGAGGAAGGUGUGUGCUCGGGCCACGUGGAGAAGCAGGACGGGCCAGUGGGCACCAUCCUGGAGUGCCUGGUGAAGUCCUCCAGAGAACUAGAGGAGGAGCUCACGAAACAUGCUGUGUAUCUUCUGGGAGCACUGUCUGCUCUCAGUGCAGCUCAGCGUGCCUUGCUGGCCCAGGAGCUGCAGGCCAGGGCCCUGUCAGAACCACUCAGCCUGGUGCAGAGUCUUCUGAAACAAGCUGACCCAUGGCAGCAGGGCAGAGAAGUGACCCUGCCCGCAGCUCCCCCAGGGAGCCAGUGGGGAGCAGGGGCGCCCACCUGGAUCCUGCUGGAGCACUGUGGCCUGAGGCUGCAGGAGGAUGCACCCCAAGUGCACUGGGUGCCAGAGGCCCUGGAGGCUGUCCACGCCCUCUAUGCCUGCUUGGUGGUGCUAUCGAGGCUGAGCCAGGACCUGUAGGCUGGAGCUGCCCAUGGCCAACCUGGGAUGG